AAAAAAAAAAAAAAAAAAGAUCGCCCUUCACUUCUCGCUCACCCCAGCCCAACCCCCCAGAGUUACUCAGCGGAAUGCUUAGUGCAAAGUGACGAAAGAACCGCAGGCGGCGCACCACUACCAAGUACUUUUGAUGCUACUACUAGCAGCGUUCGGAUUCCAAACCUGAGCCAUCAUCCAUCCUUCUAUUUGCCUCUGUUUAGCCUUUCCGUCAGAUCAACCGGGGGCGAGAACCGGGACCGCCUUUUCCGCCCGGCAUUGCUCGGUCAUCCAUCACACGACGCCAAGUUGCACAGAGCCGAACACUCACACACACACACCUCAGCUCUUGGAUCCUUAUUUUUUUUUUUUAAACCCCUUCCUUCCCUAUCCAGGGCUUACUGCGGCACAUCAUGAAUUCAGCCUCGGGUCGGGCGGGCAUCAUCCGUGCCCGGGAUGAUGCUGGCAGCAUGGAUAAACUGGCGCAUUCGGUGCUCGAUGACAUGCUAUACAACAUCGUGUCGGACCUGUUGAUGAAGACGCAUCGAGAGGAGAAGACGGCGAGGGCGACAACCGCUGCCAUUCGAGUGGAGAAGCUGGCCUCGGACGCCUCAGAGAGCUCGACCCCCGACUCAGCUCCCGACGUGCGAAUCGAAACGGAUGCUGCCAUCUACGAGGACGGCAAGGUGCUCCUAAAGGGUAACCCUCUUAAGACAACGGCGGAUAUCCUGUGUCCCCGAUGCCAUCUACCGCGACUGCUCUAUCCUACCGAUGGCAAAGGCGCCCGAAAGCCCGACCCUACGAUUGUCUACUGCAAGAAACACCCCUUCAUCGAGAAGCCCGGGUGCGACAUCUACGGCCAGAGCUGGGUUGGACCAGGCCCAGGAAGGGGCAAGAAGAAGAAAGACAUGGACAAGAAGGAUGGAUCGGAUGCCCCCGAGCAGCGGCCUCCCAAUGUUCUCUCGUUCCCUUCUGCAACGUGCAGCAAAUGCAAGAGAUGCAUCCUGGUUACACGGCUGAAUAAUCACAUGGGGUCUUGCAUUGGCAACAGUGGUCGCAACGCCAGUCGAGCAGCCGCUCAGAGGAUGAAUGGCAGCGGUUCCCAGAACGAACCGACGCCUCCUCCUUCUCAGAAGGCUACUCCUACGCCGACAUCUCGGGCUCAGAGCCCUAGGAAGCGAGACGUGAGCGAUGACGACGACGACUCGGAAACCAGCAGCCACAAGAAGAAGAAGAUUAAGCACACCCAGACGAAGAAGGUCAUUAUUAAGACGAAACCCUCUUUGAAGAAGGACAAGAUCAAGAGCAGCUCGUUGAGCCAGGAACAAAAGGCUGAAUACGACGUGCCUUCGCCCAAGGUGCUGAAUAAGAUCAAGUCCAAGAACGAGAGCCCGAUUAAGAAACUCAAGGUCACCAAGCCGGCCAUGAGCUCGCCCAUGUCGAAGAAUGGUCGAGAUAUCGAUGGGGAGUCUGAGUCGUCGGGAACGCUCUCUUCACCACCUCGCCAUUAAGUGGAAAAGAGGAUCAAGCAAAUAUGGAAACCAUGCACGCGUCUGCUCUCUGCGUGACUACUACUGGCUAAUUGGAUACGGGAUAGACUCGAAGCAGAGGGACUUUGGAGUUUUGAUAUCCAUGGAUACUGUACUACUACCAUUUCUUUCUUUUCUUUCAGAGAUACAAGAGAGGAAGAUGAAAAACGGAAAAAUGAAUCCCCAGAGCUGCUUGCUUUGCAGUUGCUUUUCUUUUAUUUUGCAGCUCUGGGACAGGUUGGCUAUUGGGCUGGCUGACUGGCUUUUACAUAAAGACGAUGAUACAACCAGCAUCCCGAGGAAAAAACGGGACUUUGGCGUUGGGUGGAAAACGAAUCUUUGCAUCUUGACUUUCAUUCAUUCUUUUGCUUUAGGUUAAUGAAAUCUAUAUGUAUAAAGCAAGGAGA